AGAAAAAUGGCUCCAAAAAGUACCAGCCCCACCGCUACCACCUCCUCUCUCUGCUCAGUCUCCUCUCUCUUUUUCUUACUCUCUCUCCUCUGCAUCCUCUCGAUAUCUCUGUUCUUCCUAUCCAACAGCACUACCCACAACCACCACGUACCCAAUCCAUCCCAAGCUACCUCUCAACUACCCCAGACUUCAAUCAAAGUCUACGUAGCAGACCUACCCAGAUCCCUCAACUAUGGCCUAUUGGACAAAUACUGGUAUCUGACUCACGAUUCAAGGCUUGGAAGUGAAGUAGACAACGAAAUUCGAAAAACCUAUUUGACCAAAAAUCUUGAAAAAUACCCACCUUUUCCUGAGAAUCCAUUGAUUAAGCAAUACAGCGCUGAGUACUGGAUCUUGGGGGACUUGAUGACACCUGUGGAACAAAGUAAAGGGUCUUUUGCGAGAAGGGUGUUUGAGUUUGAAGAAGCUGAUGUGGUUUUUGUGCCGUUCUUUGCGACUCUGAGUGCUGAAAUGCAGCUGGGUGGGAACAAAGGGGUGUUUAGAAAGAAGGAUGGGAAUGAGGACUAUGAGAGGCAGAGAAUGGUGGUGGAUAUGGUGAAAAAGACCGAGGCUUGGAAGCGCUCAGGCGGCCGAGAUCAUGUCUUUGUUCUUACUGACCCUGUUGCAAUGUGGCAUGUCAGAGAGGAGAUAGCUCAUGCUGUUCUCUUAGUGGUAGAUUUUGGCGGGUGGUACAGGCUUGACUCAAAAGCCUCCAAUGGUUCAUCAGAUAUGAUACAACACAUCCAAGUUUCACUUCUCAAAGAUGUUAUCGUGCCGUACACCCAUCUACUACCUAGGUUGCACAUAUCAGAAAACCGGAGGCGGCAGACCCUUCUUUACUUCAAAGGAGCUAAACAUAGACAUCGGGGAGGCCUGGUUCGAGAAAAAUUAUGGGACUUACUGGUUAAUGUACCCGGAGUUGUAAUGGAAGAAGGCUUUCCUAAUGCCACCGGAAAGGAACAAUCAAUAAAAGGAAUGAGGACGUCAGAGUUCUGCUUGCACCCGGCUGGAGACACCCCCACUUCAUGUCGACUUUUUGAUGCCGUCCAAAGUCUCUGUAUACCUGUCAUUGUUAGUGACAACAUUGAGCUCCCAUUUGAAGGGAUGAUGGAUUAUUCAGAAUUUUCUGUGUUUGUUGCAGUUAGUGAUGCAUUGCAGCCUAACUGGCUUGUCCGCCAUCUUAAAAGCUAUUCUGAAGAGCAAAAGGAUAAGUUCCGCCGCAACAUGGCUCAGGUUCAAUCCAUCUUUGAGUACGAAAAUGGCUACCCUGGUGGUAUUGGGCCUAUCCCUCCUGAUGGUGCCGUGAAUCACAUCUGGAAAAAGGUUUAUAAAAAAUUGCCCAUGAUUAAAGAAGCUAUCAUUCGAGAGAGAAGAAAGCCACCAGGUGUAUCAGUUCCACUUCGUUGCCAUUGUACUUGA